AUGGAAGGACUCUAUGUAUUCACUGGUUUUAUAUUAAUGUUUAUGUGUAUAUUCACCACAAAAUUUAGAGUAGCAUUGGCUGAUGAUUGGCAACAAGCCCAUUCAACUUUUUAUGGCGGUAGUGAUGCUUCAGGAACGAUGGGGGGUGCCUGUGGCUAUGGAGACCUCUAUACCGAUGGCUAUGGCAUAAAAACAGCAGCUCUGAGCACAGCUUUGUUCAAAAAUGGGAAAGCAUGUGGUGGGUGCUAUCAAAUCGUGUGUGAUGCGGAGCAGGAUCCAGAAUGGUGCCACAAGGGUACUUCUAUUACAAUCACGGCUACAAACUAUUGCCCUCCAAACUAUGAUCUCCCUAGUGACAAUGGCGGUUGGUGCAAUCCUCCUCGACCACACUUUGACAUGUCUCAACCUGCAUUUGAGAAAAUCGCCAUUUACAGGGCUGGGAUUGUACCUGUACACUAUAGGAAAGUUAAAUGCAAGAGCAGUGGAGGGAUUAGAUUUACCAUCAACGGCAAUGAUGGCUUCGAACUAGUGCUCAUAUCCAACGUAGGGGGAGCUGGAGAUAUCUCUCAAGUUUGGAUCAAAGGAUCCAAAUCCGAUGAAUGGGAAGCCAUGACAAGAAAUUGGGGUGUCAACUGGCAGAGCCUAAAGUAUCUUAAUGGUCAGGGCUUGUCCUUUAAAGUCCAAACCAGCGACGGACAAACCCGCACGGCUAAUGAUGUGGUGUCUUCUAAUUGGCAGUUUGGCCAGUCCUUCUCCAGCGAUGUUCAAUUCUAA